UUUUUUUUUGCAGAAUCUUAAGAAGAUAAACAUGCCAAUAGCAAUGGUCAAUUCAAUACGAACACUUGCUCCAAGUCAGUUUGGUAUUCAAUUGCGGGUCAAGAUCAUCGAUUGGUUAGUGACAGUGGAAACUACAAUGAAUGAUGAAACUAUCGAGGUGAGCGAAUACUUGGUGGGUGACCAGUCAGGUUGUAUCAUGCUGAAAACAAACGUCAAAGGAUGUUCAAACGGACAAUGGUUGGAUAUCAAGAAUGGUUAUACUCAAGUAGUGAAUGGAUCUUUACGUUUGGUGGUUGAUAAUAAAUCAGAUAUCUCAAUGGUUGACACUGAUACUCUUACUGAUCAUGACAUUGACACUUCAUAUAAUGCUUCGUUUAUUGAAUUCCUGGUCAAACACUGAUAUUAAAUUGUACCCUAUAAUACGACUAUCAUCUCUUAUUUUUUAUUUUCUUUUUUUUUUUGCCUAUAUGGAUACCCCAACCUCAUAUUUAUUUUUAUUAUUUUUUUUUUUUGACUAUUUGUUUAUUAUGAUACAUUUGAUGAAUAAACUAU